GAAAGUUAAAAAAUGGCUGUGUCUGUUUCUUGUAUAGGACGCGUCUAGUCAUUAAACACCUGAAACCAUGUAAUUUGGUCAACGAACUCUUCGUUUACCCGUAGACUGGACUUUUGUCCACUCAGCUCGUCGUGAUGAGUUGGUGUCGGUUGUUAUCGUUGGUUGCAUGUCUUAACCUUGUUUAUGCCGGUGGCGAAUCCAGUCAUUCCUCGAUGACACCCGAGGAGAAAGGCACGAUGAGGGAUAAAGUGUUGGAAAUGUUUCACCAUGCCUACAACUCUUACAUGAACCAUGCAUAUCCUGCUGAUGAGCUUAUGCCACUUAGCUGCAAAGGUCGUAUAAGAGGUGUAGAUGCCAGUCGUGGGGAUGUUGACGAUGCUCUUGGAAAGUUUUCCUUGACAUUGAUCGACACUUUGGACACGUUAGCAGUUUUAGGAGAAGUAGAGGAGUUUGAAAAGGCUGUAAGGCUUGUGGUCCAAGAUGUUUCAUUUGAUAAUGAUGUAGUAGUUUCAGUGUUUGAAACAAACAUAAGAGUUCUAGGGGGUCUCCUUGGAGGUCACUUUGCUGCAAUGGCAUUGCAGAAUUCAGGAAAAGGCAUGUUGUGGUAUAACAAUGAACUGGUGGAUAUGGCAAAGGAAAUUGGCUAUCGGCUACUUCCAGCUUUCAAUACCUCAACUGGAAUACCUUAUCCACGAGUAAACCUGAGGUAUGGCAUCCAUCAUCCAUCAUCAGGGACAGGCAGUGAGUCAGACACUUGCACAGCCUGUGCUGGAACAAUGAUCAUGGAGUUUGGUGCUCUGUCUAGAGUCACAGGGGAUCCAAUAUUUGAGCAAAAGGCCCAGAAAGCUAUGGAAGCAAUCUGGAUCCAUCGCAGUCGAGCGAGUGAUCUAGUGGGUACUGUUAUCAACAUUCAUAAUGGCGACUGGGUUCGAAGAGACAGUAGUGUUGGUGCUGGUAUUGACUCAUAUUAUGAGUACUGUUUGAAAGCUUACAUACUCCUGGGAGAUGACAGAUACCUGGAGAGGUUUAACAGGCAUUACAAGUCAAUAAUGCAAUACAUCAAUCAAGGGCCGCUGUUCUUAAGUGUUCAGAUGCAUCAACCUGACAGAACAGCACAUGCUUACAUGGAUGCAUUGCAAGCAUUCUGGCCUGGACUUCAGGUACUAAAAGGUGACCUUAAGAAGGCCAUUGAAACACAUCAGAUGUUGUAUGAAGUCUCAAAGAAGCACACCUUUCUACCAGAGGCAUUUACGACAGAUUUUGAGGUUCACUGGGGGCAGCAUCCUCUCAGACCUGAGCUUGUAGAAAGCACCUACUUCUUGUAUGAGGCCACAGGAGACCCAUAUUACCUUGAGGUUGGAAAGAAUAUAGUGGGAAAGAUUAAUGAACAUGCCAGGGUGCCCUGUGGUUUUGCUGCUCUUCGAGAUGUCAGGACAUUGAGCCAUGAAGACAGGAUGGACUCGUUUGUUCUUGCAGAGACGUUCAAAUACUUGUUCUUAUUGUUCAGUGAAAAAGAAGAUCUUGUUUUCAAUAUGAACCAGUUCAUUUUUACAACCGAGGCACAUAUCUUGCCUCUUAGUUUGUCCACUAUGGCUGUGAAUACAUCAGCAUCGCAGGAACUGAAGUACAAUCUUACCAUCAGCUCAGACAAUGAGCAUGAGUACACAUGUCCUGCUACGCAACACAAGCAAGGUUCAAAUGUUAAGUUUGCCGAGGAGGUGCGACGCAACAGCAGGGCUCAAGCGCAGGGAAGCUGCCCAAAUAGGAAACCGCAGCAGGCUUUUGCUUUCAGCUCGAACAAGCCUCCAAGGUUGAGAGCCGAACAAUUUGUUCCAGGAAAUCAAGAGCACAUUAACGUACUCAAGGCCAUGGGUAUCACUGUAAUUCAAACCAAAGAUGGCAGAAUAAAACUUAUGCAAACUGCUUCAACGGCUGAGUCAGAUCGUGAUGCAGAAGAUGGCAUCAAGUUCAUGCAAGAGAUGAUUGAAUUGGCAAAACAACGAAAUGAUGAGUCAGCUGUUCAAGAAAAGCCUCGUGUGGUUCAGCUUAUGUCUGCUCCUUACAAAGGAGAUGUGGUUCUCAACGCUUGUCCAGCGCACUUUGGUCUGGAUCUGAGCAAAGGAGAUGUAGGGAUGGGUGCAGAGGUUUCUAUAGCUGAGCCUAUCAAGGCAUGUUCUUCUGUUUCAAAUGCAGAGGAACUGAAGCAUAGAAUUGCUAUUAUGGAAAGGGGCGAAUGCAUGUUCAUCGAUAAGGCUCGGCAUGCUGAGGCCGCCGGGGCAGUUGGUGUGAUCAUCAUUGAUAAUAACGAAGGUAGCUCGAGUGAUACACAACCAAUAUUUGCCAUGGCUGGUGAUGGUUCCGACAAUGACGUGAAAAUACCAGCCGUGCUUCUGUUCAGCGAGGAAGGACGCAUACUAAAGAACGCCAUAGCUGCAAUGGAGGACUUAAAUCAACGGCUUACGGUCCGUUUGGCUUCUAAAGCCACUGGAAAACCAGCUAAGGAAGAGGCUCUAACUGCCGGACAAGCUGACGUGCCGUCAACUACACAAGAAAAAUCAGAGAGCACAGAGUCUGUCAGUGAGGAAGAAAGUCCACCUCCAAGUGACGAUAUUAAAAUUCAAUUAUCUGAGGAAAGUAAAGAAGUUCACGAUAGUAAUACAGAACAAAUCGAGGCCUCACAAGGUAUGGAAUCACAUCAGAAAGCUGAAGACGGCAAGGCAUCGACAACAUCAGAAAAUUCUGACCCGCGCAAUAGCGAGACACCGCAAAAUCCGGCUGUUGUGUCAGUGGGACAAGACGAAGUGUUUUGUGCCGCUACCGGCAAACCUUGUGCCAUACCAAACCAAACUCACGAACCAAGCGUUGAUUCAGCAAUUCUGGCUGAAACUUCAAAUAGCGACAGUUCAAAUUCUGAAACAAGCACGCUUUCUGAGAAUACCGACGUCGACAAUGGAGGUGAAACAAAUAGCGAGGCAAUUCAAUCGAGUAAAAACACAGACGCUGAACUAAAAAAUGAGCCAAGCGCAGAUGUAGCAGAAAAUACGAGCGAUGAAAACGUUCUUGACGCUGCUUCGAAAAGGACUUGAAUCUCAAAAUUACUUUUAUUAAUCAAUAAUAAUAUACUCAGGUGCUUCAGUCUGACGUCAUAUAAGAACCCUUGGGUUGUCCAGGGGUGAGAAGAAACAGCUGACUCUGGUGCAGACUUGCAUCCAAAUUAAUCAGGAAUUUUUUGUGGUUUUGCCGCAACUUUUUAUUCCUCUUAUUCAAGUACCAAACUCUUCUGGGUUUGAGCCAGCAUUCAGUCUUAGAAAGUAAGCAAAGUGGAAAUGACGUCAUAGUGCAAGCCCUGCUAUAGCCGAACAAAUGAUGGGUCGAUGUGAAACUAGACUAGAACUAUCGGGGAAAUAUUCGUAUCUGAGAAGUUUCCGUUAUUUAUUGUCCAGUCGACAAACCUUUUCUAGCUAAAUGCGUAAGUAUCGCCCUAUUCGCGCUGUGAUCAGGCGUUGUAGCGGAUCGCAGGUGUCUACCUGUCACCUCCAAUCCAAUACCAUUUUCUCGAGCUAAAAAACGCACCAAAAAAGCCAGAUUGCAGGUCUCUUAAAAACAUCCUUAGCCUUACGUUAAUCUUAGGGACAGUCUUGACCCUGGCGGUUACGAAACUGAAAUGAUUACACUCACGAAGAUCCUAUUUUGAAUGUACAGAACGGUACGAUAACAGGGAAGGGGUUGGGGUACAUAGCGACUGUUAACAUUUUGUUGUCGCUGGGGUUGUAGAAGGAGUUGGUUAUAUGCUAGCAAAACAAACGACUCUGAGGGACAAAUUUAUGGUUUCAACGUUCUAACCUUCAAUAAGACAGGAUCAUAUCUUGCUUUUAACAUUUUCGCUCCAGAAAUGACUGUAAAGGAAUUUUCCCUCACAGUAUUCAUACAUUUUAAAGGGGAAAGUUGAUGAGAAGAAAGGAGAAUAUUCACAGGGCUGAAAUGUUUGGAAAUGUAAAGUAGACAGGGUGGGGAAUUAAAACUUAGUCCUUGGGAGUGAAAGGGUGACAUUUUAACUGCUCUUAAAGCCACAUGUGAUGUAAUUGUAAAUAUUUAUAUAGAUAGCUUUAAUUUUCGAAUUUAGUACCUUGGCAUAAUAUACAGUUGAGAGGCUAACUGAAAUGUUUAUUUACCUAUGAUUUAGGAAUUGUUUUAACCAUUAAAAUCAGUCAAUGUUUUUUGCCAAUCAAA